GGGAAUAAAUGGAGUGGGAAUGACCGAACACCACCAGCUUUUCGGGGGGAGAAAGAAAUAAAAUUGCUGAGGGAUGAUGGCGGGGGAUUGCAAGCAGAGCAAUUCCUACCAGCUGUUGAUCAACCAGAGGCUGGACCUGGAAGAAGGAGCUGAUCUCUUGGAUCCAGAUAUACAACAAAAACUUGAUGAAGUAAAAGAUCUGAUUCGACGUGAAAUACAAAAAGAGCUAAAAAUCAAAGAGGGAACAGAGAAUUUGCGUAAAGUGACAACGGACAAGAAAAAUCUGGCUCAUGUGGAAAAUAUUUUGAAAACCUCAAAUCGCAAAUUGAAACGUCUGCAUUGGGAACUUCAGGAGCUGAAUGCACGAAUUAUGGUUACAGAUAGGGACAUUCGGGGAGAUGGUGGAAUGUCUCCAGACCCCUGUUGCUGGGAGCCGUGUCUAACUCCUCUCAGCAGUCGAAUCACUGCUCUGAAAAGGCAGCUAAAUAUUGAAAUGAAAGUUAAGCAGGGAGCUGAAAACAUGAUCCAAAUGUAUUCAAAUGGACCAUCAAAGGAUCGUAAAAUGCUAGCAGCAGCGCAACAGAUGUUACAAGCCAGCAAAAUAAAGAUUGAUAUAAUCCGAAUGCAGAUCCUAAAAAUAAAUCACUCCAUUGGACCAUCUGAGGAUAACAGUGACAGCAUAGGAAUCAUCAGUCCUUUGGAGCUGCGAAUUGAAGAACUGAGACACCAUCUCUGGGUUGAGUCUGCAAUAGCAGAAGGUGCAAAAAAUGCAGUGAAGUUGCUGGAAGGAAGGAGAAUCCAGGACAAGAAAGUUCUUUUUGAGGCGCAGUCGCAAUUGCAGGAGUCAGUCCAGAAAAUGGAUCUGCUUCGCAUGUCACUAGAGUGCUAUCUGAGUGAGCUCCCUCAUGGUCACCCAAAACAUGAAGUUAUCAAAGAAGAGCUGGAAAUGGUGAAUUCUCCCUCAGCAGCACUAACUAGUCUUGGAGCAUCAUACCUCUCUGCAGCCUUUAUCAAAUCAGCUGCACUUACAGGUACAUUGGAAAUAAAGUUAAUAGGAUGCCAGCACCUCCUUGAAAAUGUCCCUGGUCGCUCAUGCAUAAUGAAUGCAUCACCCAGUCCAGGAACUCCUUUAUCAUCUGUUAAGUCACGAUCAGGGAUGAAUAUUCAUAGACGAAAUACAGCACGUCGUUACUUAAAAUCAGAGGAACGAAGUACUGAAGCAAGUGCUGUUUUGAAACUGGACAAUCGAAUUGUGGGACAAACUCAUUGGUGUUCAGUGAAGAACCAAACGUGGGAUCAGACCUUCAGCAUUGAACUUGACAGGUCUCGUGAGUUGGAAAUAGCUGUUUACUGGCGGGAUUGGCGAGAACUCUGUGCAGUAAAAUUUCUGAGGCUGGAAGAUUUCUUGGACAACCAGUGCCAUGUGAUGACCCUGUGCUUGGAACCACAGGGGGUGCUUUCUGCAGAGGUGAUCUUCUGUAACCCUGCCAUUGACCGAUGCCCAAAGUUACGACGACAGAAUCGAAUUUUCCCAAAAGAGAAAGGGAGAAACUAUUUGAGAGCUUCACAAAUGAAUAUUAAUAUUGCCACCUGGGGACGUCUAAUGAUGAGUCUGCUACCUCCUUGUAGCAGCAUGACAACGAUGAGUCCACCAUUACCUCCAACUGAGUCCAAUUUCACAUCUCCUUCUGAAGCGCCAUGCACUUUCAGUACCUUGUCCCCAGAAUCAAGGGACUUUACACCUAUCAACCUUAACUUCAGCCCAGAGCCGUCUCCCAAGCCACCUCGGCUUUUUAUAAAUGCUGCCUCAGAGGAAAGGAUACUUUCACUUGCUGACAGCCAGAGCGCAAUUGGAAGCAGUACAGGCAUAAACCCACAGACUAACAAAGUCCUGGAGAUUCUAAACCCAGCUGGGGUUACUUCCAGAAUGCAGACCCUGCACCUUGAAGACUUCAAUUGUGUUGCUUUACUGGGACGAGGUCACUUUGGAAAGGUAUUGCUAGCCCAACAUAAAUUGUCUAAGAAAAUGUUUGCUGUUAAAGCCUUGAAGAAAGGGAAUAUAUUGUCUCGUGAUGAAGUAGACAGCCUAAUGUGUGAGAAGCGCAUCUUUGAAACAGUAAGCUCUGUGCAGCAUCCUUUCCUUGUGAACCUCUUUGCCUGCUUUCAAACUACAAAUCAUGUUUGCUUUGUGAUGGAGUAUGCACCUGGAGGAGACCUAAUGAUGCAUAUUCGUUCUAAUGUCUUCUCUGAACCCCAAGCUAGGUUUUAUGCAGCUUGUGUUAUCCUUGGAUUGCAAUUUCUACAUAAGAAAGAUAUAGUUUACAGGGAUUUGAAAUUGGACAAUUUGUUGAUGGAUGCUGAAGGUUAUAUUAAAAUUGGUGACUUUGGGCUCUGUAAAGAAGGAAUGGGUUCUGGCGAUCACACAAACACAUUUUGUGGAACCCCCGAGUUCUUGGCUCCAGAGGUGCUGACUGAGACCUCAUACACACGAGCUGUUGACUGGUGGGGUCUGGGCGUGCUUGUAUAUGAAAUGCUGGUGGGAGAGUGCCCCUUUCCAGGAGAUGAUGAUGAUGAGAUUUUUGAUAGCAUUGUCAAUGAUGAAGUCAGCUACCCACGAUUCCUUUCUACAGAGGCUAUUUCAGCUAUAAAAAAGCUUCUGAGAAAGGAUCCAGAACAUCGCCUGGGGGCUGGUGAUCAGGAUGCAGAAGAGGUGAAAAAGGAGAUGUUUUUCAAGGAAAUGGAUUGGGAAGCCCUAUUAGCUCGAAGAGUAACGCCACCAUUUGUGCCAAAAAUAAGGGGCCCAUUUGAUGUCCAGAACUUUGAUGAUGAGUUCACAUCCCAGAGACCAAUCCUUUCUCCAUUUUCUGAUUUCCAGCCACUAACUUCACAGGAACAGGCAAUGUUUGAAGAGUUUGAUUCUAUAGUUGAUCUUUAACAAGGUGACUGACCUGUAUGGUUUGAAUGUACUGUCAUGACUUAGAUUAGGAGUGCUAAAAGGCUGAAUUGAAGCUCUUGUGGCUGCACAGUUUGAAACAUUUGGUGCUCUGCUGAUGGUAACUUGAAUAUUGACACUUAACUUCCAAGGUACCAGAAUACUGAACUUUAGUUUCAUUCUAUGAAUGCAAUUUAUUUUACUUUCCUAGAAUCAAUGUGUGAGCUUUAAUUAUUACACAGAAAUAUUGAGAUUGUUCAUCAUUUUGGAACUUAACUAGGCACAGUAGCAUUGGGGAGAUGCAGUUCCCAAGGUAACUGAGGCAUUUGUAUUGAGAUAAGUGAACUAAAUCAUUGUUAAAUUCAGAAGUUAGCGAGGUCAGGUUUUUUUUAAAAUUCAGGCAUUCAAAAUUGUUUAUGUCUUUAAAAAAAAAAGUAAUCCUAAAACUGGCCUCCCAUUAAAAAGAAAUUCCAUUGAGUGGGAGACUAUUGCUAUAGGCAUUUUUCCACAGUUUUGAAUCUGUCUGAGAAAUAUUUGCCAGUAAUAUGUUGUGUACACCUGUUCACCCCCCCACCCCCAACCUUACUGCCUCGAUCAACUGUUCAUCUCCAGUAGCUGCGAUCGGAAAUCUAGGAGUUUAACUCUCUGGAGCAAGACUGGCCCCAUCUAUUUUCUCCCUUCUCCAUGUAUAGUGCUAUGCAAUGAGGGCUGGACCAAAUUACCAAUGGUUGCUGAUUAUAGGCAAAUUUAUAUGUGAAUCGAAAGAAUUUGAACUUUUUACAAUGUUGGAACAACACUAAAACUUUGAGAUCAGUUAUCUGGGUAUAUUCAAGUAGUCUUUUUGCUCACUUCUUGUGAUGGCAAUUUUAUUUUGCAUGUCAUACCAUCUUGAGCAGAGAAGACUGGUUGGACAAUUGCACUGAUUUCUAUAGAUGAUGUAGGGAGAGUUUGUGUGCCCAGGUUUGCUCUAACUUUUGCUGACCUGGGGAAGAAAGGCUAGACCUAUCUCCAGAGAAAUGCAAUUGAUUCCAAAUUGCUUGUUUUUGUUCAAGUUCCAAUUUGCUACUUUUGUAUGUCUUCUAACUUUUGAGUAUGUUUAUGUACCUUGGAUUUGUGGGUGAUACAAGUCCUUUUUAAACUACUACACUUAACUUUAAAUGCCCAUUUCAAAUAAAUUCCUCUAAGUUAUUUCAAUUCAGUUAAUAACUUCUGAUUAAGUUAUAAAUCCAUUUAAAUUAAUAUAGAUAUAUUGAUAAAUGACCCUGAAUGAAAGUGUGACAGUAAAGAAGGAUGUGAUCUAAAGCUUCUGUCAUAUUGGCCUUUUCUGAUUUUGAUCUCCUGCAAGUGGAAAGCUAGAUACUAUUUAAGGAAGUAAAGAAAAUAUCUGAAGCAAAUUAAUUGUGUUGCUGUUAAAUAUUCUGAGCAAUAGUUAGGAUGCAGACAGUUGGCCAUUUUUCUAGUCCAAGGGCCACAUGGAACUAUUUGAUUCCUUGAAGAUCUUUCUUUUAGAAAAAAAUCAAGAAUCAAAAGUAUUAAGUUUUGCUCCAUAACAAUCUAAAUAUUUGCACAAUUAUCUAUUUGUAUAAAGUAUGUUGUUUAAGGUUAGUUUUAUAUAGAAAAACAGAUUUUUUUUAAAAG